UGGAUAUGCCACUAGAUGGCAGCAUGUUUAAACAGACGUUUGCUCAUUCUGUCAAUAUCCACGUUUUCUGCUUUUUUUACUUGGUUUAUUGGAAAUGGUCGAUUCCAUUGCCGUUUCCUCCUAUAGCCUUAACACAUGCCUUAACACCACGAGGGCUCUGAAUCAUUUCCUCUUCAUAGAACAUGUUGCCCUGUGAUAUUCACUUCCUGCCAGGACCAAAACCACCUAGCCCUGAGUUGUCAUAAUGUUAUUCUCGCUGUGUACAGCGCUGAACGCUUUAUGAGCGGCGACGAGGGUCUGUAAGCUGUGAGUUUCCGGUAGCUUCCCCUCAGCUCCCCUCAGCACAUCUCCGCAGUCUGCGCAUAGACUACACCCCCAUCGUGUGAUGUGGCAGGAACAGAUAAGGUCACUGCCUUAGCUACUUACCAUCUCAGACUGAAAUUGUUCCCCCUGAAAGGAGGAUCACACUGAAAACACUCCCACACUUAUCUGCGCUUGUGACAUUUGUUUUUGGCACCAGGUCGGUAACAAAGUCACCUAAUUCAAUGUCAUUCUGGGUGUUAAGUUACAACAUACCAGCUAAUACCCUGGUGCCCUGUGCCCCCCCCCCCCAGGCCUUAAAGGGGAUAAGCAAUGGGUGAAUGGCCACAGCGGUCAUUGUGUUCUGCUGGAUGCACAUGUUCCAGUGUCUCUGAGGCUGUUGGCUGGAAAAGACCAGUUUGACGUCCAAAUUACAGAGGCAACACCUCUGCCCCCCCCAGCCAAAACACACAAAGGCAGAGUGCACUGUAGCAAACACCUUCAGCGUGCUGUAGGUGCACUCUCACCCUGUGACCUUCAUCUCUGUUGGUGCCCUGAGGUCACCUCAGGGUCACGUUAGGCUCAGCAAUCGCAGCACAGCAUCAAAGCACCAGGUUGGGUGAUCACCUUGGGACCCAUUUUGAUUAUGGAGGAAGCUUCCAGAAAGAUUGCUGCAGUGCUUCUGGAGUAUGUUUGGUCACAAAUGUCAUAUAAGAGGGUCAUCCGGACUCAGUGUCACUGUCCAGUCACAUUUUCCAUGUGGGGGGGGAGUGGAUGUGCUGAAGCGGAGUAUUCUCCCACACCAGUCAGAAGGCCUGCAUUGACCAUAAUGAGGUUUCUGCAAAUGAUGGGGGGGCCUUCUGGCAGGAUGUGCCCCCUCCCCCCCGAAUAAUCUGCGUGUCCUGCGUGCCGUGUGUGAUGCCCACCAGGGCCUUGGGAAUUGUUAACCCAUUUUUAAAGGCAGGGCUGAGGGGGGGUGGGGGGCUGUGAGCAGGUACCACAGAUAACAGGUCAGUACCGGCAGCCUUCCUGUAAUCCUGAAGGACCUUGUGCCUUUAUUUAGACAGUGAGAAUCCCCCCCUGACCCCAAGCAGAGAGGGAAGCGUGAAGAUGCCCUUUGAGGACCAUGGCAAGGUGAGGGUGCCCCCCCCCUUCUCCCAAUGCUGGUUCCCCAUGAGUGUGUGUGUAUGUGUGUGUGUGUGCGUUUAACCCUCAAUCCCAUAAUCCUCCUCAGAGAAAACAAAAGGGACCUGUGAGAAGAAGACUCUGCGAGGCUUAAUCUCACUUCAGAGAUUCAGGGGAGUGUCAGAACAUUCUAGAACAUGAAUAACGGUUUUAAAAAAGACAAUAAUAAAUGUAGCAGAUUCCUCGCCGAGAAGUAUGUCUCGCUGUGUUGGGUGUAGGCAGGGCCGUUUUGGUCCUGACAUUCCCUCGUCAUCAUGGCGGCCUUCUCCGUGAGGCACCGGCUUCACACCACGCGACCAUCGUUUAAAUUCCCAGCUGGCAGCAAGAACGCAACAUGAUCUUGGCCCCUUUCCGGUAACUUAAUUCUCGCCAGUCAGCACUUUUCCUGUGCAGCAAGCUUGUGUCAGGAGGCCACACAGAGGCCCCAGUGCUAUCUGGGCCACCGUAACCACAGGGCAUCCUGCCAUGGUGCCCUCUUACCAACCAGAGAGAACCGCGCUCCGAUUUUCACCAUGUUUCUGGACAUUGUAGAUAAAAUACCGCUGACCUCUGCAAACGAGGAAGUGACUUCACUAACAAAGCUCAGGCCUUAAAUGCCAUAGAUGGAUUUCUGCUCUUGUAUACAGCAGAAUAGCAUGACGGCUUGGGAAACUGAGUCAGCUGGCUGUGGAUCGAUAUGCAAAGCCCUGGUUGCUUGUCAGAAGCUGUGGUCAGCGCUUCUCUCUGUGUCAGUCACGCAGAUGGCGUCUGUGGGAGCAUGGCUGUGCAGGGGACCCUGACUGCGAGGUCCUGGUCGCCUGUCAGAAGCUGUGGUCAGCACUUCUCUCUGUGUCAGUCACGCAGAUGGCGUCUGUGGGAGCAUGGCUGUGCAGGGGACCCUGACUGCGAGGUCCUGGUCGCCUGUCAGAAGCUGUGGUCAGCACUUCUCUCUGUGUCAGUUACGCAGAUGGCGUCUGUGGGAGCAUGGCUGUGCAGGGGACCCUGACUGCGAGGCCCUGGUCGCCUGUCAGAAGCUGUGGUCAGCACUUCUCUCUGUGUCAGUCACACAGAUAGUGUCUGUGGGAGCAUGGUUGUGCAGGGGACCCUGACUGCGAGGUCCUGGUCGCCUGUCAGAAGCUGUGGUCAGCACUUCUCUCUGUGUCAGUCACACAGAUGGCGUCUGUGGGAGCAUGGCUGUGCAGGGGACCCUGACUGCGAGGCCCUGGUCGCCUGUCAGAAGCUGUGGUCAGCACUUCUCUCUGUGUCAGUCACACAGAUAGUGUCUGUGGGAGCAUGGUUGUGCAGGGGACCCUGACUGCGAGGCCCUGGUCGCCUGUCAGAAGCUGUGGUCAGCACUUCUCUCUGUGUCAGUCACGCAGAUGGUGUCUGUGGGAGCAUGGCUGUGCAGGGGACCCUGACUGCAGGGUAUUGGUCUGUCAUUUUGCCUAAGUAAUUUUUUUUAUAUAAAAAUUAUGGCCAUUUCAGAAUAAUUCAGAUGUGAGAGAUGUCACUCCAUAUAUAUUCUUUUUCAAAGUGUAGACACACAGACUCGACAAUGAUUUAUGGAUAAAGACACUGAAAAUUAACAUCCUCAUUUCCGACACCACACUCAGCAUGGCAUCAACAACAUAAUUGCACUUGCUAGAGAUUUUUUGUGACAUGGAUUCAAGCUUCCGUUUUUAACAGCAUAAUCCCACCCUUCAGGGCCUUGUCACCGGGGCUGUCCGUCGCUACAAAAAUACAAGUGGAAAAGAGCAGAUUAAGGGCCUCGAGCUGGCUUGGGAUUUCCUGAAAAAGCAUCUGCUCAGCACAGUGGUGCCUUCAGCAGGGGGAUCUUCUUCUCUCUGUGAAUGUUUUUAUUAAAGCUUGUUAGGGAUACCUUUUGAGGGCCCAGAAAGCUGAUGAUUCACAGGAAGAAAGAAAAUCUGUGAGCAGGGGCUUACAGCUAAAAAUGUCUCUUCCCAAAAAGAAGAAGUCUAUAGACAAUAAAUGGCUGGUAUCUUAAGAACAUCACCAGGAUUAGUGUUUCACACACACAUAUUUAUCUUCUCGGUGAAUCUUUCUGAAGGAUUAUUACAUGAAUAUGCUGAUCCAUCAAUGUAAAGUUAUUUGGAUGACCUACUCUGAAGUUUGGGUUAGAAAAAGUCAGGGCAUUAAUAUAACAGCCAGUGGAUCACUCCCAAAACUUAGACCUUUCUUAGCAAUCUGUCACUGGUGUGUGCAUGCUGUGCGUGCUUGUGUAUGUGGGGGGGGAGGGGCGCAGCAAUGAGGGUUUCUCAUUAAGCUGAAAUACAAAUGGCAAGUAUUUAAUUAGGAAAACAGGCAGGACACAGAUUACUUCUGUACCAAUGACUGAUGAGUCUCCUGUAUGCCCAGUCAUAUUCAUCUCUCAUUACUCAUUUACAGAAAUGUAACUAGUAAACACAGUCUCUGGCAGAGAACUCUUACUUGAGUAUUUGCCACCAAGGGCAGUGUUCACCCUGCAGGUCACGUCGUCAGGAUGCUGUUUACCUCACAGAUGACACUGGAGGUAUGCUGUUCACUGUGCAGGUCAUGCCUUAGGGCACUGUUAACUGCACGGUUACACCAUCAGGAUGCUUUUCAAUGUACAGUUAUACCAUCAGGAUACUGUUCACCACAUAGGUCAUAUUGUCAGGAUGCUGUUCACGGCACAAAUUAUACCAUCAGGAUGCUGUUCACCAUACAGGUUAUAUUGUGAGGAUGCUGUUCACCGCACAGAUUACGCCAUCUGGGUGCCGUUCACCGCACAGGUUACACCAUCAGGAUGCUGUUUACUGCACAGGUCAUGCCUUCAGGAUUCUGUUCACCAUGCAGGUGAAUAUUAUGUAUUUUUUGUUUGAAGAUGGCUUUUCCAUAUCAGAAUGUUGGUUCAGUUCAGUGAAUACCGUAGUACUUUGGAAGUAGCAACUUUUUCAUAAUGUUAGGACCUUUUUCUGUGUUUUAUGUAGUAAUAAGUAAAACAUAACUUUGAAACCAAUGGAAAAUGGAUAUUUCAGUUAGUCACUGACAGGUUUAACCCAAUGUAAACCAACUUCUGAAUAACUUAUUAAUCCACUUUCAUCUUUUUACUUUAUGAGUUAAGAUUGACUCAACCCAGUCAGUGAUUAACAGGACACACUCCUACCUUUUUGGAUACUAAUUUAACGUGUGAAACUUAUUUUGUGUCUUGGAAAAACAAUAUUACAGGCUGAGCAGUCGGCUAGCAAGGAGAUGGAAAUAAUCUGUGUUUAUGCCCAUGAAUAACAAAAGAUUAAUAUAAGAAGUUUUUAUUAAACAAAUUAGGAUAUUUUAAUACCCACUGUGUUCUGUAAAUCGAAGUUGACAUGGAUAUAGUUAAUGGAUGUCCUAAAAAGAUCUGACUUUUCAGUUCAGUUCCAGAUUUGUAAGGUGUUUCACAAUAGGGAUUCAGCUAAAAAUGGGCAUACAAUUUUUAUGAUAAUUUCCCCAUCCUGGUCGAGCUCUACACGUAUCAACGGCCAUUGAGAACUUGGCUGUGAUGUAUUAUGUGAGAAAUUAGUUCCUACGAUACUCCCUGCUAGCGUGUCAAAGGACCUCUAUCACCAUGAUUCAGCCUCUAAGCUUUGCUGUUAUGAUGUACAUUACAUCCGUGAACAUGCGUUCGUACAACAGGACCAAACAAAAUACUCAUAAUGAAUGUGCUAAGAAAAAAACCACAAAUACAGAAGAAUGCCAUUAAAACAUAGUCUGUUAUAUUAAUGAUAUUUACAAUUAGCCUUACUCAGCCUUAUUAGGCUUACUCAGAAGAGGAACAUGUUUGAAGGGAGAUUUGGGAAUCUGCACAUAACGAAAAAUGUGCUUUUCCCCGUCAAAAUCUAAAGGCACCUCCGGAGAAGACUCUCCGAUUACAGAGGUGUCUGGAAUGAACUUUAUCCCUGAGAGGAAACUGGGUGAAAGAUUGAUUUUCAAAGGGUGACUGAUUUUGUUCGAAACGUGUUACACUUUCACGAGCCUCAAUAUGCAUGUGACUGAACGGGGAUCGAUAUUCUCAUAAAACAAGGAGUCCGGACGAACCACUCUGAUGCCUGUCAGUUUGGAGGAUGACUAACCGGCCUGGCUAACCAGUCUGACUAACCAGCCUGACUCAUUCUAAUCAACCAACUAAUGCUCGUCUUUAGCGAUGCACAGUGCUGUACAUUGUUGGAUCUGAGAGUUUGGGGACAGACUCACAUGGGGUCAAAGGUCAUCUGCUUAUCGUAUAAAAACUAGUGAUGGAAGGAUUCACCCAUUCACAUCGGUGCACCAGCGUAAAAGUUCACACUUUUUCAAGUGUGCACCAGACACGAUUCGCAAUGAGAUCCUAACAAUGCAUCUCAGUGAUACAGAUGGUUGUCGUGUCCCCUCAGGAAUGGAGAUGUGCAUCACAUCACCUCAGGGUUCCCCUUUUGUGGUUGUGGGUUCGAGGCUGGCCAGAGGCCAGUCUCAACCAAUUAAUGUUCAUUGUCUUCCUCCUUGUUUCCUGUUCAUUCGGUUGGUCCUAGUUUUGUUUCCCUUAAUGUUUGGUCCUUUUCCCCAUCUGUUAAUUGCCCUUUGCUGCCUGUUAAUUGCCCUUUGCUGCCUGUUAAUUGCCCUUUGCUGACUGUUAAUUGUACUACCCUUAAUGAUCAGUUUGAUUUUAUUGUCCUCACCUGCUCCUUGUUGCCCCUAAUUCUGUGUAGCCACACCUGCCCCUUGUUAGUCAUUGUGAUCAGUGUAUUUAAGUGCCUGCCUUUGUUCUAUUUGUUGGUCAGUCAUUGUUAAUGUCAUUCUGUGCUACUUUGCCUGGGUUCCUUCGUAGGGGUCGUCAUAGUUCUGUUUGUGGUGUUUUCCCUUCUUUGGUUCUGACGCCUUGUGGUCCCUCUUAUUUUGUGAUUUUCCUGUGUGUUCUGUUGUUGUUUAGUAAGCCCCUAUUGCCUCUUGGAACCAUAAGUGGAUUGUCAUCUUUUUUUCCCCUGCAUGCGCCACACUCCGAGUCUGUAACAAAACAUUUUGGCAUGAGGUGUUGUUCAUUCAAUUGAAGCCCUCAAAUACAUGUGAAGUCUUGUGUGUGUGUGUGUGUGUGUGUGUGUGAGCCCAAUCGGUGGCCGCUUCACCUCAUCUGUCCCAUUUGGUAACAGGGUGGACCGCUGUCUAACAUGUUAUCAACAUUAAUUCAAGAAGUAAGUCUCCUGUCAUGCCAAUGAAAGACUGUCCAGUGUGGUGCCCUUCGGGUGACUGGCAGCGUCACUGCAGCGUGCCAGUGUGCCCCCGUGCCAGGAGCCUCAGAACAGGUGCCACGUUACACGAGUGGCAGGACCAGCAUUUAGCACAAGCAGCCUCCAGUGAUCACACACAAGCAUUUCUAACCUAGUCAUCAGAUGUGACCAGUUAUUUUUAAAUUGUGCUUUCCACCUCAACUAAUACAUCAAGGGGCUUUUACCCAAUUUUGUAGAACCCUUUCACUGCAGGAAAUUGUUCCCAAGCCAACGAUUUUUCGCAAAGGCUGCUCCUCCCAGCUGCUAAUUCACACCCUACACCUACAGUUCACAUGGGAGAGAAUGGUGAAUUUUUAUGGAAUCAAAGGUUAAGCAAUUUAAACGGUUUGCAAGUUAAAACUGCGGUUUGUACCUUCGGUUUGGCUACCUGCAUAUGAGUGGAUUUGUUUUCAGGAAUUCACUACUUAUACGAUACUAGUAUAGCAAAUAUCACGGCAUUGAAUCAAGGUAUUUCUUGGUAUGAAUUUUAAAUAAGCGGUAGCUGGAUGGGUAGGGUUAGUUGAGAGACCUGUGUUGGUAAAUUGUUAUGCUUUGAGUCACCAGAGUUAAUAUGCUGGUAUAAAAAGGCAAUCCGGUAAGAGGAAUAUAUACCUAUAACAGAAGCCCAUAAUACACAAAACCAUUGCCCAGAGUCUCCCCCGGCCCAUAUCUUGCUUUGAUGGCCCUUCUGGCAGGACACUGUGUAGCUCCAGCCAUUCCCAGGUGCGGGGAGGCGGGCUGGCGUUCAGAUGGGGGAUUUAUUAACGCGUGUGGACUGGAGCCGGGGGUGGGAGCUUUCCGUCGCCCUCGCCUCCCCACGGGCCGCCGGUGCGUACAGUCAGAGCUCCGUCUGCUCGGGCUGGGAGGACACUCAUAAACGUCGUGAAGCGGAGGGGAAGCAAUCGCACUGCAGCUGAACGGGAGAGGGGGACGGACUGGCCGCCGACGGCGGCAUAGGUUUAAAUGGCCCCUUCGCUUCAAAGCACGAUCCGCGAUUUAAAAAAUCUAAAUUAAAACCACCUGAAAGUCUGCAUCUCGCAGAAAGCGCCGUCAUGGCAUAGCGAAAGGUAGCGAGGAAGCGACAGUCAGUCCCCAUUGUUCUGCUGUUCUGUGGAUUAUCUUGGAAGAAGAGCGGAGGUCCGACACCGAGCCGGGGCACAGAGAUGGACGCGAACAUGCGCAAAUUCACUGUGCGCCGCUUCUUCUCCGUCUAUCUGCAGAAGAAGUCCAGGUCCAAGAGUUCCAGUCUCUGCAGGUUGGAGAGCAGAGAAGCCACCGUCUCAGGCUCCACGCCUCCAGUCCGACGUCAAAGAGAGUUUUCCCGAGGGAGAGAGCGGGAAUGCUGAGCCGCCCGGGAGCUGGGAGUGUGGCAGGAACACUGGGAAGCUGUGAGCAUGAAUAUGGAUCGAUUCUCUGGAGAUGAAACAGUGGUGUUUGGCUGCCAUGGGUCAGCAAGUGACCCCUCACAUUAACAGAGGGAUGAAAGCAUCGUCAAAGAAAUCGACAUCAGUCAUCACGUCAAAGAAGGCUUUGAGAAAGCGGACCCUUCCCAGUUUGAGCUGCUCAAGGUGCUGGGCCAGGGUUCCUACGGGAAGGUGUUCCUGGUGAGGAAAGUGAAAGGCUCAGACAAGGGUCAACUCUACGCCAUGAAGGUAUUAAAGAAGGCCACCCUGAAAGUGCGAGACAGAGUGCGAUCAAAGAUGGAGAGAGACAUUCUGGCUGAAGUGAACCAUCCAUUCAUAGUAAAACUCCACUACGCCUUUCAGACGGAAGGGAAGCUCUAUCUCAUCCUGGACUUCUUGCGGGGAGGAGAUCUCUUCACCAGACUCUCCAAGGAGGUAAUGUUCACGGAGGAGGACGUGAAGUUCUACCUGGCUGAGCUGGCCCUAGCGCUGGACCACCUUCACAGCUUGGGCAUCAUCUACCGGGACCUCAAGCCGGAGAACAUCCUCCUGGAUGAGGAAGGCCACAUCAAAAUAACCGAUUUUGGCCUGAGCAAAGAGGCAAUAGACCAUGACAAGCGGGCCUACUCCUUCUGUGGGACCAUCGAGUACAUGGCCCCUGAAGUGGUGAACAGGAGAGGCCACACGCAAAGCGCAGACUGGUGGUCCUUCGGGGUUCUCAUGUUCGAAAUGCUGACGGGGUCUCUGCCUUUCCAAGGGAAGGACCGCAAGGAGACGAUGGCACUCAUCCUGAAAGCUAAACUUGGAAUGCCUCAGUUUUUAAGUCCAGAAGUACAAAGUUUGCUACGGGCCCUUUUCAAAAGAAAUCCCACCAACAGGCUCGGAGCGGGAUCCGACGGUGUGGAGGAGAUUAAGAGGCACCCAUUCUUCACCUCAAUUGACUGGAAUAAACUGUACAGGAAGGAAGUAAAACCUCCUUUCAAGCCGGCAGUGGGACGGCCAGAGGACACCUUCCACUUCGACCCCGAGUUCACUUCCCGCACGCCUACGGACUCACCGGGCGUGCCCCCCAGCGCCAAUGCACACCAGCUCUUCCGCGGAUUCAGUUUUGUCGCUUCCAACGUGAGCCAGGAGCCCUCACAGACUGAGCAGAGUGUCAACACUGUCAACCCAAUAGUGCAGCAAUUACAUGGAAACAACAUCCAUUUCACGGACGGUUAUGAAAUAAAGGAGGAUGUUGGUGUUGGGGCGUACUCCGUCUGCAAACGCUGCAUCCAUAAAAUCACCAGUGUGGAGUAUGCUGUGAAAAUUAUUGACCGUGCGAAGAAGGAUCCAUCAGAGGAGAUCGAGAUCCUGCUGAGAUACGGACAGCAUCCUAACAUCAUCACGCUGAAAGAUGUGUACGACGACGGGAAGUAUGUGUACCUGGUGAUGGAGCUGAUGAGGGGCGGCGAGCUACUGGACCGCAUCCUCCGCCAGAAGUGCUUCUCAGAGCGAGAGGCCAGUGCUGUUCUCUGCACCAUCACGAAGACGGUGGAGUACCUCCACUCACAGGGGGUCGUCCAUCGAGAUUUAAAGCCCAGCAACAUCCUCUAUGUGGAUGAGAUUGGAGACCCCGAGUCCAUCCGGAUCAGCGACUUCGGCUUCGCCAAGCAGCUGCGGGCCGAGAACGGCCUUCUGAUGACACCUUGCUACACUGCCAACUUCGUAGCACCAGAGGUGCUGAAGAGGCAGGGAUAUGAUGCGGCCUGUGACAUAUGGAGCCUGGGCAUACUGCUGUACACCAUGCUGGCCGGCUUCACCCCAUUUGCCAACGGGCCAGACGACACCCCCGAGGAGAUCCUAGCACGCAUUGGCAGCGGGAAAUACGCUCUUUCAGGUGGCAACUGGGACACAGUGUCAGAUGCAGCUAAGGACAUCGUGUCCCGGAUGCUCCACGUGGACCCCCACCAGCGGCUGACAGCCCCCCAGGUGCUGAGACACCCCUGGGUGGUGAACCGAGAGCAGCUAUCCCAGAGUCAGCUCACCAGACAGGACGCGCAGCUUGUCAAGGGAGCAAUGGCUGCCACCUACCUGGCCCUGAACCGUACGCCACAGGCCCCCAAGCUGGAACCCGUGCUGUCCUCCAGUCUGGCCCAGAGGAGGGGCAUGAAGAGGCUCACUUCAACACGCUUGUAGCCCUGCCUUCAGCUCGCCAUCACUCUGGACGUCAGGGGCCGUGAGUCAGGGGCCGUGAGUCUGGGGCCCAUUCAAUGUCUUCUGCCACGUUCAAGAUAGACAAGAAACUCACAAAAAAACACGAUAAUAAAGUGAAGCAGUCUUUGUGGGUCAGGGUGCCGAGCGCAGCAUCCUACCCAAGCUUUUGAGGGACAUUUCUCACCAAAAACUGUAAGAACAGCCCCCUUCCCCAGUCAUACUGAAGAAUAUGUAGCAUUUACUAAAAGUAAUAUAUCUGCGUGGCCCCCUAGUGGAGUAAUGAGGGUUUGACCAGCAACACUGGAAUGCGCAGUGAUUAUCGUUAAAGCGAGUGCAGGGGAGGAACACGCGUGUGCUGUGUGUGUCGCAGGUGAUGCAACAACACGUCUCAUUUGUAUGAUUCCAUGUUGCUUACAGUCUCCUUAGUCCCUUUUGAUAAAACAUGUGGUAUAUGCUGCUUAUGACAACAAAUCAAAGUCCUUUUUAAUUAAAGCUAAUCAAAGUAAUAUUACAAAGAGUGUAUAGCAGUGCUUCUCAGCCCGGCCCUCGCGGACUCCCUGUUGGAAUACAUUUUUCCUCCAUCCCAUCUUUCACAAAAACAUGAACGUCUGGGAGCCCUUGAGGAUCAGCUUGAGAAACAGUGACGUGUAGAGUACAGUGUACAGUUACCGCAUUAACUACUGAAAUAUACACAGAUGUUCUGCAAAACGUGUUAAGUACAGGAAAUCAGUUUCAGGGAGCAACCUGGCAAAGUCUGCAUUAGGAAUAGGACAGUUUGCGAAUCCUUCUCUUGCAGUUACUUUAAGGCAGAAAUAUCUGUAAGUGGUAAGUGACACGGUUUCGUGUGUUUGUCUGAUUAGGAAGGCAGGCCCUUGUAUGUUUGUAAGCAGAUAGUCUUUAUGGGUGUACAGUGUAUAUACAUGUUCUUUGGUUUUGUGUUUCUUUUUGAUGAAGUGCACUUUACGGGUGAUGUUGCCUGUCUUUCGGUUUUGCUGCACAUGCUCUGACAGCAUAUCCUGUCACCUUGGCCAUGGGGGCGGAGAUGUCAAUGCAUGAAGGUUCUUCUCUCCCCUGCCAGUAUAGAUAUCGACAUUUUAAAAAAACCUAUUUAAAAGGCCAUAAGUGUUUAUUCACCAUAAGUCAAUUUCAUUGUAAAUCUAAUUGCCCCAUAAUUUACACACAGAGCCCUGAAACUGUUUUCAGUGUAACACGAAUGAUUCAGUAAGCCUGUGGAAUGUUAAAGGGUGCUGUGUGUGUUUUUUUUAAAGAAAGUGACCUUCCACCUCCAUUGACUGAUCUAAACCAACCCUUCAAACCCAACAGGUUAGGGGGAACAGAGAAAAAUAAAGAAAAUAAAUGAGAAAAUGGUAAAAGAUGCGGCAAUAUAGACAAAUGUACCAUGGGCAUGUAAGUUUAUGAAAUAAUGCACAUUGAAUUACAAAUCUUUAUACUUUCAGAUAAAAUUUGUGAUUAUUACAGAGAAUAUUGAGUUUCCGUUCAAAUGGCAUUUACUUCCAAAUCUGUCUAUCCAGGAGUAGUUUCAGGAAACACUUUUGUAUUGAUCUUAUUUAUUAAGAUAAAUUGUAUUUUUUAAAUGAGGCAACAGGACCGUGGUGAAAACCUACUGGAAACCAGCAACCCGACCGCCUGUGACAUGCUGUGCAUCUGCUGUGAUCUUUCACUGUUUCUCUUCUCUGGCAGGAAUUUCUUUCGUACAUCUCAGUCCUUAUAGAUGACUCAUGUUUGACAACUGUGCAAUUGCACUCUCAUUGUUGUGUUUGUUCAAGGACUUUGUGCAUGAGAUUAGGUUGUCUGGGACACUAAGCAGCUGCGGAUUUUUUCACCUCUGCAGUACUGUCCCGUCAAUUUGCCAGGUUAAGGAUCCCGUUGGUCCCAGAUACCAUGAUGCAUUCUAAAUGAUAACACAUUACUGGUUGAUUAUUGUUGACAGAAGUCAAUGGAGUCACAUGGGUUGAGGUGUGUAAAAGCCUUAAAAUUUUCCACUUGAAAUCUGUAAAGCUUUAUAAAUGCACUUGCAAUAAGGAUGUCCAAAACGAUGUCUAUUCCUCCCAAUAAGGAGCUUAAAAACUUAAAAAUGUCUGUUCCUUCUAAAAAGGAUGUGCCAAGCAAUGUCUGCUGCACACAGCUCAUGUGAGUCAGUCUUUUGCUGUGUUAUUUACGUUUGUCAUCCUGUAAUUUUAAUGAUCUGCAUCUAUGUAGUGAUGUAAGAAACAUUGUUCCUUUUCACCAAGUCUCACAAACUCCACAAGUUUAUAUAAAAAAACUAAUGUCUGACAUUAAUAGGAGCUUAGAUACAACACAGCACUGUGAAAAUCAGAGCAGAGAUUUUUCUAUUUUUCGAAUGCAGAAGACCUAGUCUGUCCUCAGAGCUGUCACAACAGACCACCUCCAGCAGGGGGCUCCUCGGAGCAGCACUGUGGCUUGUUCGUGGGUGUCACCGCAGGUGUCAUGUACCUCUCUGCACGCUGGCCGCGACCUGCUUCUGGGAGUCUGCAAACCAAUGCAGAACAGCAUAUCCUGACAAGACAGCGCCCUUCCACUGAACACUCGCAGUUCCCGAAGCUGUAGAUGCGAAACUGUGGCAACGCUCCCCCAUCAUCCCGGCGUUACGCAGUGCUAUUCGUAUGAAGAAACGUUACGUGGUUGUCGGCCUGUAAAUGUUGAAUCUGCUUUGUACUGGUUUGCUAUGCCAAAUGCGUUUAUAAAUAAAUAA